CGCUACUACCACCAUCAUUAUCACGAGCACCAUUGCCGCAUCGGCUGCCGUCACAUCAUCAUCAUCGAGCAUCAUCCCUAACAACAACAGCAGCAGUAAGACGGAUAAGAAGAACAUCGGUGAUGCUGGUAGAGCAUUAUCCUCAUCAUCAUC